ACUUUCCUCAUCAGCUUCUUCUUUUUCUCCACCAUUCAGACCAUUUUUCUACUGCAUUUCUCAAUUUUUUGCCCUAAACCCUUCUCCAAUGAGGUCUCUUACUCGAUUUGGGACAGAGAUCACAUAAAACUGAGCAAAAAUUUCGUUUCGAAUCUGCUUCCAAAUUCCAAUCUUUGCUACAAUGGCUUCGAGCUUUGCGGCAAAGAGCUUCAUUUUUGCCCUUCUGGCUUUUCUGUGCAGCUCUCAUAGUACAGGUAUUUUUGUGAGUUUCUCUCGCAAAGCAACCGAAAAGAGCUCUACCCCAUGGCCAAUAAGAGAUGAAGAAAGUUUCCAUGAGAUUAAUAUGCAGUUAAAAAUCCUCCUUUUAGCACCAUUGUCCUUCUCACAAUAUUUCUCAAUCGGCGGGGCGUCAAUUAAUCUUUUGGUCGAUCCACAAGAAGCUAAAAGGCUUCUACAAUCCAAAUUAGUUUACAAAUCGUCGGCACGAGAAGUUCUCCUUCAAUGGAACAUUACAAGCAUAGUUGUUAGUUUUAGUGAAGAUAGCCCUCUUCUUUUUCCAACAUUGCUUUCAGUCCAAUCUGCUCUGAAAUCUGCUAAGCUUGAUAAGAACAUUAAGAUCUCAGCCAUGUUUUCCUUGCCAGUGCUUCAAAACUUGGUUAUUAAUUCAGAGAAGGAUUUGCAAAACAUUGUUAAAUUUGUAAGAGAAUCUCAAUCUUCUCUUGCUGUUGAGGUGCUUACAGACUUGACUUUAGGAGAUGGUUUCUUCCACCAUCUCAUUAAAACUGCAAAUUUAACUUACUCCCUUCUUCCUAACCUCGACAUCUCCUUUGUUUUGAGCUCGAAGAGCUUUAUUCCAAAGCAAAUGUCCGAAUCAAUGAAAAAAAUACCAGCAUUUUUAGAAAUCUAUCCUAAACUCAAGGAUAGGAUUCAUGGUUUUUGCAUUCAUAUCCCUUCCUUCCAAUCUUUCCACCGAGAACUUCUUGGCGAAGUGAGCCGACCAAUCAAAGAAAAAAUUCACGCCACUUACACGACGAAUCCUACAACGAUGCCCAUCACAGUUCCAUCGACAUUUCCUACACCAAUUCCGACCAUUAUCACCGUCCCUUCCAACAACCCUUCCACGGUUCUUCCCACAUACCCCUCAAUGAAUCCCCUCACUUCUCCAAUCACAGUCCCUUCAAUAAAUCCAUAUUCAACCCCCAUCACAAACCCCACAAAUCCUACUGACCUCCCAAUAACCAUUCCUUCGACGAAUCCCAUAUUCUCUCCUCCAACAAUGCCUGUGACAAACCCCACUACGACUCCUGUGACGAAUCCUACGAUGAUUCCUUCGAUGGCGCCGCCAUUCAACACUCCGGUCGCUAAUCCCGGAACGGUUACAGUAUCGCCGACCGGUUCGGGACAAACUUGGUGUGUGGCGAAGCCAGGUUUGCCAGAUUUUGAUCUCCAGGCUGCUUUAGAUUAUGCUUGUGGGAUGGGAGGGGCUGAUUGCUCAGCAAUACAAGAGAUUGGGAGCUGCUACAAUCCAAACACACUUCAAGCUCAUGCAUCAUACGCUUUCAAUAAUUAUUAUCAACGGAAUCCGGUUCCGUCAAGCUGCGAUUUCAGUGGAACUGCUAUUAUUGUCACUGUCAAUCCAAGCACAGCAACUUGCAUUUAUCCAUCAUCAAGUUCUACUUCUAAUUACAAUCCUACAACUGGUUUAUAUCCUUCGACCGGUCUGAAUCCCGUCUACGGCUUCAAUCCCACUUCUGGUUCGAACCCCGCUUCGGUUUUCAAUCCUGCUUCGAGCACAGGCUCGGGCUCGGGUUCCGGUUCCGGUUCUGGUUUGGGUUCAGUCUCAGGUUCAGGUUCUUCGGGACCAACAGUGCUGAACAACAACAAUUCCUUUGGGGGCUCAAGCUCAAACACAGAUUAUGGGUCUGAUAUCCCAAGUAGCAGCAUAAGGUGUGGCACAAUCUCUCUUGUACUUUGCUGUGUGCUCCCAAUCUUUGUUCUUGUUUCAACUGGUAACAUCUGGUAGGUGCUGAAUCUAAUAAAUAAUUUUCUGAAGUGUAGUUUUGCAGAUCUUUAGUGAACUAGAUUUC